CCGAGGAGGCGCCGGCCGCAGGAGAGCGGGAUCGGCCAUGGCCGGCGACAGCGAGCAGGGCGUGCAGGGCCGCGGGAGGCCGCCCGGCGACGGAGCAGGCGGCGGCGGCGGCGAGCCUUUCCUCAUCGGGGUCGGCGGAGGGACCGCCAGCGGCAAGUCCUCUGUCUGUGCCAAAAUAGUCCAACUGCUUGGUCAGAAUGAAGUAGACCAUCGCCAGAAACAGGUGGUGAUUCUGAGCCAGGACAGCUUCUAUCGUGUGCUCAGUACAGAGCAAAAAGCCAAAGCUCUCAAAGGCCAGUUCAACUUUGACCACCCAGAUGCCUUUGACAAUGAGCUGAUCGUCAAAACUCUUAGGGAGAUAUUGGAAGGGAAAACAGUUCAGAUCCCCGUUUAUGACUUUGUCUCUCAUUCUCGCAAAGAAGAGGCAGUGACUGUGUACCCUGCUGAUGUGGUGCUGUUUGAGGGCAUCCUGGCCUUCUACAACCAAGAGGUUCGGGACCUGUUCCAGAUGAAGCUCUUUGUGGACACAGAUGCAGAUACCCGACUCUCCCGCAGGGUUCUCCGAGACAUAAGUGAGAGAGGCAGGGACCUGGAGCAGAUCUUAUCUCAGUAUAUUACAUUUGUGAAGCCAGCCUUUGAAGAAUUCUGCUUGCCUACCAAGAAGUAUGCUGAUGUGAUUAUCCCAAGGGGCGUGGAUAAUCUUGUGGCCAUCAAUCUGAUUGUGCAGCACAUCCAGGACAUUCUGAAUGGAGGCCUUGGCAAGCGCCAGUCCAACGGUUGCCUGAAUGGCUACACUCCUCCCCGCCUGCAGCAGCACUCAGAAGCAAGCAGCCGGCCACAUUGACCUCAGGGCUGCUGCCUUAGGAACUGAAUGCCCUUGGUUCCUGCCCUGUAUUUACAGCCCCAUGUACAAACACACUUGCCGGGCUUGAUGGCUUCUUUUCUGUCUGAUGGAUAAAUGGAUGAGUCUGUGCUGAGGACUCUUGCUUCCGUGGUCAGAUUUUGCCUUCCGAUGGUGGCUCUGCUCCAAACUCCAGCAUGGGGCAAUACAUUCCUACAGUGAGGAUGCUAAUGAUUUCCAGGUUUUGUGGAAUGGAAAGGUGGCAUCCCUGUCUUUGGGGGAGAUCGUGCUGUGUGCAAGGCAUGGGGGGAAAGAAUUGAACCAGAACUGGGCCCCCAAAUGGCUUUGCCACUAGCUUCAAAUCACACCUGGACCUCAGGUUUGUAUUACCAGCUAAGAAGGGAGGGAAGGGGGAAGGAAAGCAUCAUUUUUGGCUUGAGCUUUCAGAAAUGUAGGUCAUUGGGCUCUGAUAUGAUGAGAGAUGGGGGAGUUGUUAAGAGACAAGGGUUUCAACUGGUCUCACCUGGGCUGAGAACGCCCGUUUUCACCCCCCUACCGCUGAGCAAUAGUUUUGCAAUGGGCUAAUCUUUAAGUGAUGAGAGCAAGGCAGACACAGCUCCAAGUGCUGCUUGGCCUUAAGCCUCCACCCAUGUGACUGUACGGCCACAUACUCUCUGCCUUCCCAAGUAUUCCUGAGCUAGCCUCAGAACUGGUAUUCAGCUGAUGCCUUUGGAUCAUCAGAAGUUCUGCAUGUUCAUCCUAGUGGUGCUGAACACAAGAGUGUUGUGUGUCCGUCCCAGCCAGGGAGCAAUGUAUAGAUAGUGACUUGGGUGAGCAGGGCUAAUAGUGAGCAUUUCUGACUGGGCCCUGGGAAUGAAUGGGGAGUGACCAGGACA